GUCAAAUCAUCAGUUUCUAAUUGGUGUGUUCACGUGAGCCUGCGAAGCUGGAUACCUGCCCCUUGUACACCCCCUUCCUCCCGAAAAGGAAACACAUCCUUCCGUCAACAAAGGCCUAGUUCUCAGGUUUUGGUCAGUUAGGUGCUACCAGGCCUGGGACUGCUUCGCACUUUUACCGGGCAGGUCAGGUGCAGCCAUAAGCAUUUCUGCUCUUGGUUCAGUGUCCUGAGUGAGGAUUGUAGGGCUCUCCCUUCAGGCGGCUGUGACAAUCCUGGUCCAGUGACAGUGGCCAGGAAGCGAAAUAGGGCGCUGGAGGCGGAGCUGCCCAAAGCCACGCCCCUUCCAGAGUCAGGUACAGCAGAAGGCCCAAGGGCCUGGGUUCAAAGAGCGCUCUCAGUUCAGGACACUGUCCCAAACUGUCCCGAGGCCCAGGAAGCCACUGGGGGUCGGUGCUCUGGAUCGCCUGCCGCGCCAGAACCUGGAGGCCAAAAGCCAUGAGCGGCUUCCUGCGGUCGGGCUCGAGCAACUGGCGGCGGGCGGCCACCGUGGUGCUGGCAGCGGAUUGGACACACCCAAUUUCCACCGCUCUGUCCUUGCCCCCGCCAGCUGAGGGCUUCCGGCUGCUGCUGCUGCAGCGCUCCAGGCAGCAAGGCUUCUUGCCCGGGGCAUACGUCUUCCCGGGCGGCGUACUGGACGCGGCAGAUCGCUCGGCCGACUGGCUGCGCCUCUUCGCGCCGCACUACGGGCCGCCGCGUUUCGGCCUGGGCCGCGCGCCACCCUCGCACACCACCUUCCCAGUGCUGCCCACCGCGGGGCCGGACUCCGCCGUAGAGCUGGGGGCUACGCUGCCGGAUGACGUGGCCUUCCGCAUCUGCGCCCUCCGCGAGACCUUCGAGGAGGCGGGCGUCCUGCUGCUGCAGCCGCGGGCCUCGCCGACCGCGGUGCGGGAGCUGAGCCGCGCCCUCCCGUCGCCGGAGGGUCUGGCCACCUGGCGCACCCGCGUCCGCCGGGACCCACGCCAAUUCCUGCACCUGUGUGAGCACCUCGACUGCAUCCCCGACAUCUGGGCGCUGCACGACUGGAAUGUUUGGCUCACACCGUUCAGGCAGCGUGGCGGCCGCCGCUUCGAGACGUACUUCUACCUCUGCUGCCUGCGUGAGCCGCCGCCGGUCUACCUAGACUUGGCUGAGGUGGUGGACUACCAGUGGUCAUCUCCGGCAGAGGCAACUGGAAGUUUCUUAUCAAAAGAGAUUUGGUUGGUACCCCCACAGUUCUAUGAAAUAAGAAGACUUGAAAACUUUGCCUCUCUGUCUGACUUGCACAAAUUUUGUUUGGAUCACAUAUCACAAGGAGUGGAAGAAUGGAUGCCAAUCACAUAAUAACUGCUGAUGGGAUGAUCUGCUUUACCAGGAGAUGAGCUGUACUUAGAAGAUUCAAAGUUUUUAGAAAACUCUUUGUCCAAUGAAAAAAAGACUGAAGAAAUCAUGAAGGAAGGGAAGAAAUUGCACCGAAUUGUGGUACACAAUCACCAUCUUUAUAGUAUCUACGUGACCAUUCAGUCGAAGUAUAAACAUGUUUAUCCUAAGACCUAUGUAGUAAAUAAAGAGCCGUUUGUAAUGUAGUGCUUAUUUGUAAGCUGGCCUACUUGAAGGUGGGCUAAUGAAUAGUCUUACCUGGAAUUUAAGGAACUUUGUGCCUAUAAAAAUUAUAGUACAGCAUUUCAUGUUUCAAGUGUAUUAUGGAGCUCUCUUGCUUAUUUUAUUCUAUAAACCUUACAGUGUCACAUGAGUAUAAAGUAUUAAUGAUCUUCUUACUGAAACAAGGAAAAAUCUCACAAAGGGUUUCCACUUCUGUAUUGUUUUAUUAUCAAAAGUUUAAUAAGGCUGUUGUACUGCCAUUGUCUUUUAAAUGUUCCAUUGUAUAGCACUUCCACUAAAGGCUUAGGAGAUCAUCCAUGAAUUCUUCAGACUUUCUGCUAGAGUUAAUUUAAGGGUGUUUGAUUACAUGAUAAACAAUAGAUUUACACA